UUCAAAAACUAUCUGGAGUUGACAAGGCUCAGGCGGACACAGGCGAAAAGUACAGUUUGUUGAUGCUUUCUCGGAGAGGCGACAGGAGAAGUUUUGUGGACACAACAUAGCCGGGACCUAUUGGGAGAAGGCUCUUUCCCACACACACUCAGCCACACUCACCGAGAGGAGAAGAGAUAGUGUGUAGAUGAGACGCGGCUUGUUGUUUUUUUUCCAGAGAAAAAGUUGCAGAGCAAAAUCGACAGGUAACUUUUAGCAGCAGCAGCACUGCGCUCCCCACUGCCCUGCCUCUGGCUUGUGGAGUUUGUCUCUGUGUGUUUUUAUUUUUAAACUCUCCCCCCUCUCGGGAGGUCCAACUAAAAGCUGUUCCUGAUGUAUAACAUGAUGGAGACUGAACUGAAGCCCCCUGCUCCCCAAACCAACACGGGGGGCCCGGGCAACAACACGUCCGGAAACGGACCCAACCAGAAAAACAGUCCGGAGCGGGUCAAGAGACCCAUGAACGCAUUCAUGGUGUGGUCCCGGGGCCAGAGGAGGAAGAUGGCGCAAGAAAACCCCAAAAUGCACAACUCGGAGAUAAGCAAGAGGCUGGGCGCCGAGUGGAAACUUCUGUCCGAGAGCGAGAAGAGACCUUUCAUCGACGAAGCCAAGAGGCUGAGGGCCCUGCACAUGAAGGAGCAUCCGGAUUACAAAUACCGGCCCCGGCGGAAAACCAAGACCCUCAUGAAGAAGGACAAGUACACCUUGCCCGGUGGGCUGCUGGCUCCGGGAGGAAACGGGAUGGGAUCUGGGGUCGGUGUGGGGGGCGGGCUGGGCGGUGGGGUGAACCAGCGGAUGGACAGCUACGCGGCACACAUGAACGGCUGGACCAACGGGGGCUACGGCAUGAUGCAGGACCAGCUGAGCUACCAGCACCCGGGGCUGAACGCGCACAACCCGAGCCAGAUGCAGUCCAUGCACCGCUACGACAUGAGUGCGCUGCAGUACAACAGCAUGACAGGCUCCCAGGGCUACAUGAACGGCUCCCCGACAUACUCCAUGUCCUAUUCCCAGCAAAGCACGCCUGGGAUGACCGCCCUGGGCUCCAUGGGGCCCUCUUCAGUGGUGAAGUCCGAGUCCAGCAGCUCCAGCCCUCCCGUCGUCACUUCGUCGUCCCACCGGGCCGGCCCGGGCUGCCAAAGCGGGGAUCUGAGGGACAUGAUCAGCAUGUACCUGCCCGGGGCGGAUGUCAGCGAGCAGAACGCCCAGACCAGGCUACACAUGUCCGGCCACUACCAGAGCACCGUGCCCGGGACGACGAUCAACGGCACGCUGCCCUUAACACACAUGUAAGAGACACACAGAGAGAGAAAGAGAGAAAAAAUGAACUUUUAUAAGAUAAACUGUGGACUAUUAACGUUGGACUAUUUUUGUACAGAAAAAAUUCGGGGUGGGAAAAGUUGUAUAGAAGUCUCCAGGAAAAGGACACACGACUCUUUUUUUCUUUCAUUUUAUUCUAAGGAAGCUCUAGAGGAACGGUAGGAGAUCCCCUGGUCACUGGUGGAUGAAGUUUGGAAGACUAGAAAGUGGGAGUCGCAAUCAAAUGUUUUAUUAUUGCAAUCACCUUUUUGUACAGUAUUUAUCAAAGAAACAUUACAAUCAGAUUAAAUUGUUUGUUAAACUGCAAGAGGUUGCAAUUUCUUUUUUUCUUUUUUUCUAUAUAUAUAAAGCAACGCCGGUUCUGCAGAAAAUAUUAAAAGUGAAGAUGGCAGAACUGGAAUUAUAAUGGGAGUGAUCAGUUAUGCUCCUUUAUACAGGAAACAUUGGGAAGAAAAGGGACAUAAAACGAAGCAGGUACUGUUUUUUCAUUUAAGGUCAAUACUACUUAACAUUUUAAUUUCCUAAAAAAUGAUAAGACACUUUUUUUUUCUCAUACAGCUUAAAAUAUAGGUUGUUAAUUUAUAUCUCCGUCUCCCACUUUUCAUCUGUUAGAGGUAUGACGCUUGUGCUCUUUAUUUUCUAAUUGAGUUGUACAAUUUCUGUAUAUUUACUGUGAUAUUUUAAGUUUUUAUUUCAAAAAUCCAUUCCCGUAGUUGUAUUUUAAAAAUGGUGGCCUGUACGCAGAAGCCAACCACUCCAUGUAUAUACUGGAACUAAUACCAUCCUUAUAACAGUUACAAUUUCAGCUGAGUAUAUUUUUUUUUCAAUAUGCAGUUUGAAAUGAAUAAAUUUUGGAAAUUUGGAUACUU